CAGUUAGGAGCAGGGUGAGCAGAUGUGGCACCACCCGAGCCCAGAUGAGCUGCAGGACAAAUUGGCAGGGGGCGGGAUGGAGCAGGAAACACCACGAGACUACAAAAAAUCUGAAAUUCAGAGCAUCUGGGACCACAGGGAGCAGGCAGCCUUCCCAAAAAGCUGUUGUUUAGCUCAGCUCUUGUUCUACCUCCCCUCGCAGGAGGCUCAAGAAUCUGCAGGAGCCAUCCACUGUUGCUGGGCGAUCCAGCUACAGAAACCACAACAGCGUCAGUGGCAAACGAGCCCGUGUGUCCUGGGCUCUCCAGCAGCUCCCAACGCUGCCUGCAGGAAGGGACCCGGCCCCACAGCCCUGCCAGGGGCACAGCAGCACCAUGUUUGCCACAGUGAGAUUCGGAGCCAACUGCCAACUGAUGGUGAACCUGCUCUGCUGCAUCCAGACCCUCAGAGAACACCUGAAGUGGAAGUGUGAGUGCAGGCCUGAAGAUUGCAUCGACCUUGUGGAUGAAAAGGGCAACCUGAUGAACCUGAGCAAAGUGGAAGAUCCUGCAACUGAAUAUGCCAGUAAAUACCUACAGGGAAGGCAGUGCUACAUCCUCAUCAGAGCUGUCCGAGAAGAAAACUCUGAAGCCACUUUGUAUGAAUCCUUGCUAGAAGACCUGGAGAAACACUAUCCUGACCUACCAGAUCAGCUGCUGGAGCUUUCAGGAAAGAGACCGAAGAAGAAAAGCUCCUUGCAGAUGGCUCAGCCUCCCUCCAGCACCCAAGGCACUCAGCCUCCUUCCAGCACCCAAGGCCCUCAGCCUCCCUCCAGCACCCAAGGCAGGAACAGGAAGAGGAAGCUUGGAGCUCAAAAAAAACCAUAAAUGAGGAACACACCCAUUACUGGUCACACAGGCAGCACAGCCUCCACCUAACACCUAUCCAGAUAUUUAUUCCCAGCACUGGAAGAGUCCCCUGCUACUGAGCCCCUGCUCCUGGGACCCCCUGCCCCCUGACAAACCAGGCACACCCAGCAUCCUCCUGCUCCCAGGGCUCUCACAUUCCCAUGGCAUGGCCUGCAUUCCCAGGGACAAGAACCUGCCCCUCCUUUCCACCCACCUGCACUGUACCCCUGGACAGCUCUGCUUCCCACUGCACCACUCUGGAGUGGCCCUGCAGGGACUACCCACUGCAAUCACCAGGAAAAGCUCUCUAGAGACAGCCAGUCCCAACUGCAGCAGCAGCUCUUUGCCAAGAUGGCUCAAAGCAGAACACACCUGCUGCAGGUGCUGCUGCUGAUUCUCCUUAACAGCUUCUCCACCCAGAGCAACACACCAACAGUCCAAUACACUUAUUUCUUAAAGUGAGUUAAACUACUGUGAGCUCCCUGCUCACACAGGACACUCAGCACAUGGAGCACUUGUGCUUUUAAUCUCUGGCAUUUACUUUUUCCCUUGGCUGUCUCUCAAGAGACCACAAGACACCCCUGAUAAGGCCAGGCACAGCUCAGGACAUCUCUACCAAGAAUUCAAGACUCUGACAUUUAGAAGGGGCAGAACUUUGAACACCAGCCUCCACUAUCUGCUAAUAGCAUCUGCUGCCUGCAUUUACCAUCUAGACUUGGAUUUCCUCACAGAUCCUAGACAGGGGCUGAAAAUUUAUCCUUUAUUCAACAGUCAGUGAUGAAAAGGUGAAAAGACUCAUUCUGCCAUAAAAAAAAUGCAUCAGUUAAGCACCCAAAAGUGUCCUGGUUUCACUGCUGUGCCACUAAAACUCCACCUGAAACCCCAGAAUUCCCUCUUAUGUCAACAAGAGGAACAAGGUGUCCUGCUGGAGGCCAGUCCAUGGGCAGCAAUCACAGGGCUGUGCUGCCAAGGUGACUGCAAGAGGAAAGCAGCUCCAAACUUCACCUGAUGCCAGUGACCUUGAGAACAUUGCAUAACCUGCUCAAGCUUUAAAGUCAGAUCAGUCAACUGUAAUCCAAGUCCCACAGCCAGACAGGUCACACACUCUGAGGUCAGGACAGGUAUUCAGGAAGAGGAUAUCUAUAGAAGAUUAAUUUGUUACUGAAAAUCCUGUGGGACACAUCUGGCUUACCUCUCUGCAGCCUCUCCUCUGUCUGGAGGGCAGCCAGUGUCUGGAUCUCCCUCUGCCAAGUCAUGCAGGCACAGUCCUUGCUAGACUACACCCCCUGCUUGCAAGAAAUACACCCUUGUGCCUUGUCCUUUUGUCUGACACUGUUAACAUUUUGGUGGUUUAAUUUUAGCUUGAGAAUUAAAGAACAAACAUGCACAAGUGAUAGGUCCAAAUAAAUUCUUUUAUUUCUCUGUAAUAAAUACAGCACUAUC